GCAAGUUCUCAGACUUUUUACAAGGACUCGUUCAAAGGAGGAUUUCAAGGGGAAACUAUAACCUAAUUUCGAAUCACAGGCUGCUUCACAACAAUUCAGAAUGAUGAAUAAAACUUACCCCAAGGUGAGACGGCACAAUCAGUGCAAUAAAUAUGCUUAUUUAGAUAGGGGGGAAACAAUAUUAAUAAUUUAUAAUGAUGUAGCAUUGCUUUAAAGGACAUGGGCAGGUGAGGAUGUACUUCUGUUGUUUGACAAUUCUAAAACUAAUUAAGGAUUGUUAAACAAUGAAACUCCCCUAUAUGAUAAUGCACUACACCUCCCAAAAUUCUUGGGAUGCAAUAGACAGACAGAUAAUCAUGGGAGUUGUAGUAGAACAACAUUUGGGGGAGCUAGACUACCCUGUCGUAGAUGGUGGUUAAAACAACUUGGCAGUUGCAGUAGAUCAGUCUGUGCUAUAGAUAAAUGUUACAUUUUGAACUGUAGACUAUAUUAAUGGGGGUAUCAAAACAUGUCCUUUGGGAGUUGCACCCAAAUUAACAUUUGAUCAUUUAGCAUCCUGCUACAGGACUUUUGAUAUGCAAUGUGCUAAUUGUAAAGGUUUGAGACUAUAAAUUGUCUCAUUGCCAGAGGGGCAAUGAUAUGGGGGGAGGGGGGGGGAAAGAUCCCAACCUUGUACAAAGUGACACUUUUGAUACAUUAUACUUAAAAUAUGACUUGACAGACGUUUGAAAGCAUGGACAUGAAUUUUGGAUUAACCAACUGUCAAAGAUUCGAAAGUUAAUAAAAAAAAAAAAAUUUCGUUUGUUAUUAGAGAAAAAAAGAGGACAUCUUUAUGUCAAACCAUAAUAUGACUUGACAGAAGUUUGGAAUAGCCAACUGUCAAAGAUUCCAAUGUUAAUAAAUUGCUGCAUUACAUUUUUCUUUAGAGUUUGUUAUCAUUACAAAACAGUGGACAUUUUAAUUGAUCAUGCAUGGAUUAUCUGGAGAGCAACAGUAAAGUUAAAAUAGUUUACAGACAAUGUAUACCUUUCUGGCAUAAUAUACCUAAAAGUAUGGCAUUGAAAUGUGGCCAAGUGUGUAAUAUAAAGCCCCGUUAGAUAUCAAAAUCCUUCAUAUCUGAUAGAUCAGAAAAUGCUGGAAUGAGGUGGACUAUGCGCACAGUCAAACUAGCAUGACUACAAAGUGUGUUUGAUAAAAAGGAAUGGUUAUGAUUUAACAACUAGAUUGCAAACUUUAGGUUGUAAGAGUCAAGUUAAUAGAAAAGCUGAAGUGGAAUUAAUUUUGUCUUUAAAGGACCACUCUAGGCACCCAGACCACUUCAGCUUAAUGAAGUGGUCUGGGUGCCAGGUCCAGCUAGGCUCAACCCAUUGUUUCAUAAUUAUAGCAGUUUCAGAGAAACUGCUAUAAUUAUGAAUGGGUUAAGCCUUCCCCCUAAUCCUCUAGUAGCUGUCUCAUUGACAGCCACUAGAAGCGCUUGCGUGCUUCUCACUGUGAAAAUCACAGUGAGAGCACGCCAGCGUCCAUAGGAAAGCAUUGUAAAUGCUUUCCUAUGAGACCGGCUGAAUGCGCGCGCAGCUCUUGCCGCGCGUGCGCAUUCAGCCGGCGGGGCGUAACGGAGGCGGAGAGGAGGAGGAGAGCUCUCCGCCCAGCGCUGGAAAAAGGUAAGUUUUUACCCCUUUUCCCCUUCCAGAGCCGGGCGGGAGGGGGUCCCUGAGGGUGGGGGCACCCUCAGGGCACUAUAGUGCCAGGAAAACGAGGAUGUUUUCCUGGCACUAUAGUGGUCCUUUAACCCUAUAUUUGGCAACAUUUUGGAAUCCUUUAACCAAUUUGCCAUAAUAUUUUGUAAAAAACAGAUACAAUUCUUAUCUUGUAAUACCGUUUUUAUUGAACUAACAGAAUGUUUUAAUGACAAGCUUUCGGGAGAACCUCCCUUUCUCAAGUCUAAAGCAUUUCUGAGCAAGACGACACAUAGAAUUCAAAGUUGAGUUGUGAUACAGGGGUUAAAGCGACAUGUGCAGAUAAGACACAGGUUUGUUAGAAAUGUACCUUCUGAUUUCAAAGAUUUCCAAGGUUUCACUUUUCAGAUGAAAACACUUUAAUAAAUCAUCCUCCGUGGUGUGGUCAAUCUUGCAGAUUGUUUGAAAGACAUAUAAUGGCAUAUGGUGUUUUUCUAUAUAUUGUGUUCUGUCUUCUCCUUCGGGAUCUGUAGCUGCAGGUCAGGUAGCAUCAAAUAUUACUAGAUUAUUACAGGUUGGUACUAACUUGAUGUGUCAAAUUCUAAAUAAGCAGUGGAGUAACAUACCGGAUGAGAAUGUCCCCCUGGGCAGCACAGAGUUGAGAUAAGUAUGUCCUGCUAGAUUAGAAAUCAAAGCACAUAGGAAUAGAAGUGAACUGUUUUUUCAAUUUUUCUACUGAUAGCAAAAAAUUUAAUGAAUCAAGCACUCAUGCAGUACCAACUGUACAUAUUUACUGGAGUCACACCAAGAACAUUUAGGUCCACUCAUGGCUUUUCUUGAGAAAGUGGGAACUACGUGAGUUACUUGAUCCUUUUUUUUUUUCAUAUAAUUUAUGUGGAUUGGAGUUUGCUGUCCAUGUUCUGCCAUAGUCCCGUUUAAAAAACAUCUGAUGAGUGCUGUCCCUAUUUUGUUCGGUGUUACUGCAAUUCUUCUAGCAUGUGUUUAUUUUAAAAAAUGUUAAAAAGGUAAACCAAAGCAGUAUUAAACAGAAGGCCCAUGGUUAGACUGGGACCCCAGAACCAUGAAUUUGCUUGGCUCAAUUCACCAUCUCUAUGUAAAAAAUGAGGAGGGAGACUCCAAAACAGAAACCUGCCUCUUAAGGAAACCAGAUAUAAAAUUACUUUAAUGUUCUUCACUUAUACACCAUGAUUUCUCCAAGGCAUCUUUAAAAGGCCUUGUAGCCUAUAUCAUCUCCACAUUGUUAUCUCAUUGCAUUCCUUUAUUUCUUCCAUUAAUGUAACAUGCAAACACUCGCCUCCAUUCAGUGCUGUUUAUCUAUAGAGCUUUUUAUGUUUAUUUUUCCCUAGGAUAGAGAAUUUGACAACAGUUCAUUUGGUUCUUCAGAGACUAUGCUUCCAAGAAACGAAAAAGGUAAAAAGAUUUUGCCAUACUAAACAAAUGCGUGAAAGAGCUGUCAACCUAGUGAAUAUAAGGGAAAAAUUACAGGGAAACUCUGGGGUAAAAAUCAGCCCCUAUUUAUUAAUGCAUUCUAUAGACAAUACGUUAAAUUAAAAAAGAAAAAAAUGCACACUUUUAAAGUUUCAUUUGAUUCACUGUUAAGUAAGCCUGCUUGUAGUUAUAGGCAGACUCUUUGUACUCUUUGUAACCAGAAAGAUACUUUUAUACUGAUGAAUUGGUCUGUGAACUAUUAGCAGACACAGAGGGGCCACUAUCAGUUCAAUCAGUUCACUCCUAGCGAGGUUUAUUCUUUAGAGCUUAGUCCAAGUUGUUUGCAAAAGGUGAACUAAACUGAUAGCAGACAGUCAAGAUUGGAACGAAGAACCACUGGCCCCCAGUGCAAGAAUAAAAAAGGAUCCCCCUCAUUGAUCCCGUGCUAAGGAGUACACCAAGUGGUAUGUGUGUAGUGGCUGUAAUUUUGGUGGUUGUGAAUGUGUGAUACAUAUGUGUGGAGUUGGCGGAUUGUGAUUGUGAGUGUAGGGCUGGCUGAAUGUGAUUGGGUGUGAGGGCUGAGUGUGAUUAUGUGUGAUGGCUGGUUGAGUGUGACUGUGUGAGAGUUGAGUGUGUUUAAAAAAAAAUAAUAAUAUUAUAUUAUCUUCAGGGGCGUACCUAGAGCAUUUGGCACCCGGGGCGGAUCCUGUGCUUGCCCCCCCCCCAACCCCAAAAAAACAAAACAAAAAAAAACCUGUAAAAAAUGUUAAAGGUUUUCUUUAAUUAAUCCAUACUCCUUAAUUAAACCAUACCCCUUAAUUAAUCCAUACCCCUUAAUUAAUCCACACUAAUUCAUCCACACACCCUUAAUCCACCCCCCUUAAUUGAUACACACACCCAUAAUUAAUCCACACUAAUUAAUCCACCCCCCAUAAUUAAUCCACACUAAUUAAUACACCCCCAUAAUUAAUACAUCCCCCCUUAAUUAAUACACCCCACUUAAUUAAUACACCCCACUUAAUACACCCCCAUAAUUAAUCCACCCCCCUUAAUUAAUCCACUACCAUAAUUAAUUCCCCUUAAUUAAUCCACCCCAUAAUUAAUCCACCCCCCCAUAAUCCACCCACAUAAUUAAUACACCCCCAUAAUUAAUACACCCCCCAUAAUUAAUACACCCCCCUAUGAUCACGAAACGCGUAAGGCGGUACUUAACAUCGGUCCACAGGAGAGCAAGCUGGAACGCAUCCAAAGCCGUAGUGGAAUGCAUGUGGCUGACAGGCAGCUUUCAUACAGCACUCAAUUGGGGGAUCUUUUAGUCAUUUAUUAUAUAUGUGUACAUGUCAGACAGUUUUUGCUAAUAAAUCAUAUUUUUAAUACCAGCUACCUGUUGGCUGCACUGUAUAAAUGACACAGUUCUCUACAUUUUUCACUAUAGUGGGGUCACUAUCUGGUUAUUCAUUCUACUGAUCCCCGAAUGUAUUGUUUUUUGUUUAUAUAUAUAAUUUAAAACCCUUACUAGAUCAAUUAUUCAGUUACUGUUUAUUCCUCUUGCCCGUAUAUGGGAAGAAUAGGUAUAACGGGCUGAUACAAACUAUCCCUUUAGAAUACUGUUGCCAAUCUACAUUUCUUUGAACGUUGUUGCUAAUCCACUUAUACAUAGCAUUUCUAUCAUUUCCACAGAGUCCUGCAACUACUAUUGUUGAUUCAAUAGGUAUCUAAUUUAUACAUUCUCUAACCGCAGGUGGCGGCCAUUUUAGCAGUGACACAGUGGUUUUGGUAACCAUUUCAGGUCUCAUAGCUCAACUUUUUUACCUAUACACCAGGGUACAGUGGUGCCUAUCUACUAAGUUGUUUUUAUCUAUAUGUAAAUUGGAGCAGUGCACUAAAUAGAGACAGUACCGGACUGGGCCACCGGGAAAUUUCCUGGUGGGCUGGGGCACCGGGCAGACAGCUGGUGCGGUUGCAAUUAGGCUGCUGGCAGCCGGAGGGAGACCUGUGCUGUCUUUGCUCUGCUCCCCCGCCUUUACGUGCUACUUAAUGAGACCGGGGAUGGAAUAUGCUGUCAUAUUCUGACCCCGGUCUCAUUAAGCUGCAUGCUGGGGAGCAGAGACAGAACAGCUCCCUAUUCACGCCUACUAUUCGCGCAGCCAGCCGCCCGCCCUGCAUGACCACCCAGCAUGCCGCCGCACACAUCCAUAAUCCUCCAACCUGCCACCCGCCUGAACGACCCCCAGUAUGCCGCCCCCCUGCACAAUCCCCUGGCCGGUCGCCCAUGGGACCCCACAGGUAUCAAUACAAGCAAUAAUGGGUGAGUCAAUCUGUCAGUCUGAGUGUAUGGGUCUGUCAUGGUGUGUGUGUGUGUCUUUCUGUCAUGGUGUAUGUGUCAGUCAUGGUGUAUCUAUGUGUGUGUCUGUCAUGGUAUAUGUGUAGGUCAUGGUGUGUGUCUGUCAUGGUGUGUGUGUCAUGGUGUGUGUGUGUCUGUCUGUCAUAUUAUAUGUGUGUGUCAUGGUGUGUGCGUCUGUCAUGGUGUAUGUGUGUGUCUGUGUGGAUGUUUAGGUUACCAGACCCCUUUCGUUCGCAAGGAAAGAGUGUUUUUACUCACCUUUUUUUUCCCCAAGCCGUGCUGGUCUCCCCUCAAUUGGCCCUGCCUCUAUGGCUGAGAUCAUCAGUUUACAUACCCUUAAAUGGUUGGCCUUGUUACAGACAUACACAGGUUAAAGUGGCAAUAGAAGGUUAAUUUCUCACACCUGUGGCUUUUUAAAUUGCAGUUAGUGUCUGUGUAUUAAGAAUCAAUGAGUUUGUUAGCGCUCACGUGGAUAGAUACUGAGCCAUAGGGAGCAGAAAAGCACUGUCAAAACACCAGCAUAACAAGGUAAUGGAACUUUAUAAAGAUGGAAAAGGAUAUAAAAGACAUCCAAAGCCUUGAAAAUGCCAGUCAGUACUGUACAAUUACUUAUUAAGAAGUGGACAAUUAAACAUAUCACAGACACAGACAUUCCUAUGCGACCACUCCAGAUGCUUCUUCACCACACACCGCUACCCAUCUCAAAAUAUAAAAAGACAUUAGUCAAACACCUACUGAAUGCAGCUAAAACACUCAUCCCUACGCGAUGGCGCACCUCACAGGUACCCACCCUGCAGCACUGGAUGGACAAGGUAGAGGAAAUACACGGAAUGGAACAACUAACCGCCGCAUUAUGUGGCACUACAGAAAAAUACAUGCAGGUAUGGACUCCGUGGAUACUACACAUAUCGGGUGGACCGACCCUGCAGCCUGCACCAGUGACCGAUGCAGACCCGGAACAUGGGCCGCACCGGGUGACGGGACCGUGAGGGAUUAUUUCCUGGCCCCGAGGAGGCAUGCGGCUGGAUGUCGGAUCGUUUUGUGGGGAGGCCGCGUUCCCGGUGGCGAAUGUGUCCUCUUUACCCCUUCCCUCCCCCUCUCCCCCCCUCAGAUAUGCCCCGACCCUUAGUCAAACAUCUAUGAUCGGCCAGUCUAGUUGGUAGCUAAUUCCUGACAAUACAAGGAGAGAUAUGGGAAUAUAGGAUGUCCACGGGCGCAUAAUGGGAGGCAUAAAGGGUCCUAGACCACUCAAGUGGCUGACGGAAGAUGGACCCUAGAAAUUCACCUAGGUACUUAAUCUACAUCAUACCGGUCACCAGACUAGGAUCUCAAAUCCCACCGUUAUUGAACCCAGACGGACCGGAGACAGUACACCUAAUAAGGCCUACUGAUAGCACCGACAAUUGAGAUCUACUCCUAGAGCAGUUCCUUCCAAUCCCCCCAGAGUUAAACCAACCAAGACCCCAUAUGAUUAUUCGAUAAGCACAUAACAGGACAUGACGAUGCUUAAUACGCUGCUUAACCACGUCAGUGAGUUCACAACGAGUCCGACUACCAAGCACCACACUUGCAACCCAUUAUAUGAGACCUCAGACACGCGUAGACAGACUACUUUCUAACAGCAAAAUUCGACAGCCAAGCUUAGCAUGUACACGUUAGUCGGACAGCUGUUACCCUAUCGCAACCUCACGUUCACCGAAUCUGUAAUGUGGUGAGAUUAACAUGCCAUGUCUGGAUGUAUUAUUACCAUACCUGCUUUGUUUUUUAAUAGCAUACCUACUCAGUUAUACUGUAUGCAUGUAAACUAAAGUUGGUGCAAACACGGACUAACUCUUAUACCAUUGCUUGAAACAUGGCUUGUGUUGUAGCGAUAGGCGCAUCUACCAUAAGCUGAGGAUGUACCAUGUCGAAAAAGCUAAACUGUAAUAUGAGACCCCAAAUGUGUUGGAAAACGUACACUCCCUUUUCCUCAUUUUGUACCCCAUUUCAUAAAUGUUUCAAUAAAAAAGAGAUUGACAAAAAAAAAAAAAGAAGUGGACAAUUCAGGGAUCUCUUGAUUCCAACCCAAGGUCAGGUAGACCAAGCGAGAUUUCAGCCACAACUGCCAGAAGAAUUGUUUGGGAUACAAAGAAAAACCCACAGAUAACUGCUCUGGGAAAAGACUGUGUGGUUGUUUCAAGAAGCACAAUACGAUGAUACUUGAACAAAAAUGAGCUGCAAGGUCAGGUUGCCAGAAAGAAGCUUUUACUGCACUAAUGACACACAAAAGCACGGUUACGAAAUGCCUGACACAGCUUCUAGCACACUGUGAUUUGGAGUGACGAGACCAAAAUAGAGUUUUAUGGUCACAACCAUAAGCACUAUGUUUGGAUAGGGGUCAACAAGGCCUAUAGUGAAAAGAAUACCAUCUCCACUGUUAGACAUGGUGGUGACUCACUGAUGUUUUGGGGGGUGUGAGCUCUAAAGGCAUGGGGAAUCUUGGGAAAAUUGAUGGCAAGAUGAAUACACCAUGUUAUUAGAAACUACUGGCAGACAAUUUGCAUUCUUCUGCAUGAAGGCUGCGCAUGGUAGGCACUUGGCCUUUCCAGCAUGACAAUGGUCCUAAGCACAAGGUUACGUUGACCCUUCAGUAGUUACUGCAGAAAAAAGGUGAAGGUUCUGGAGUGGCCAUCACAGCCUCCUGACCUUAAUAUCAUCGAGACACUGUGGGGAGAUCUGAAAUGUGCGGUUCAUGCAAGACGACCAAAGAACUGGAAGCAUUUUGCCAAAACGAAUGGGAAUCUAUACCACCUGCAAGAAUUAGGGGCCUCAUAGCCAACUAUUACAAAACACUGCACGCUGUCAUUGAUGCUAUAGGGAGCAAUACACAUUAUUAAGAACUAAGGGUAUGCAGACUUUUGAACGGGGGUCAUUUCAUUAUUUUAUUUAUUUUUUGUCAUUCUUUGUUUUAUGAUUGUGCCUACAGUUGAAUAUGAAUCCCAUGAGAAAUAAAAGAAAUGUGUUUUGCCUGCUCACUCAUACACAAGGGUAUGCACACUUUUGAGCACAACUGUAUGCUUGAUAAAUAAGGCAAAAUUUUAUUGUAACUUUCAUAAUAAUAGACUUUAAUUUACUAUUAGUGUUCAUUUGGUGGUGGGUGAUAUGUAUCCAUAUAAUGCAUCUCUUGCAUAUAAUAUGUUUGGUGACAAUUCCUCUUCAUAGAGCUAUUUUAGAAUACACAGAACCUGCAAGAUGGGUUUUCCCCAGGGUUCUGAUUGUCUGAUUGAUGUAACGUUUCUGUCACGAUUUCAGAUUGCUGUAACACAUGUACCCGAAGAUGCGUAUGUAUAACCCUGGCCGUUCUGCUCGUGUUGAUGGUUAUUGCUGCUGCCAUUGCAUGCACAGUGACACUUGCCCUCCCGUCACGUACACCAGGUAACAUUCCGUAACACAUUGAUGGGCUAUUAGGUUUUUGUAUGAUUGUUAUAAGCACCAUGGAUGGGGGCAUUCUUUUAAAUCUGAUCUUACUUCUGAGACCUCAAUAUUAUCGGACUUUACCUUCAGUUACUCCAUCAGAACUUUAGUCCCACCAUAUCAGUGAGACCAAUACGUUAUAUUGCCCUACCUAUUCAGACGAACUCAUAUUUUCAAACUCAAAGCCAAAAUUACACAAUUUAUGCCAGGCUAUGCAAACUUUUGAGCACAACUGAACUCUGGGAAAUAGAGGGUACUAUUUCCCAACUUAAUUAUAUUUAUUUGAUUGACCUUGGAAGAUUGAAAACUGAGAUGACCUUAAAAGGUUUUAACAGACAUUACAGUGAUGUCCAAACAAGCUCAUCAGAUUUUUGCUGGUUUACCUCUGUUGUAUCUGUAAUGCAUUGGCAGCAUAACCUUCCGUUUCAUGUUUUUAACUAUUGGCGCAAUCCUUUUCCUGUAUUUAUUUGUUACCUAAUCUACCCAACCACCCAACUUGCAGUUCAAGUUUUUAACUAUUGGCAUAGCCCUUGUCCUGUAUUCAUUUGUCACCUGAUCUACCCAACCACAACUGUGUGGAUGGGUAGCUCAGGUCCCAUUGCCCAGUUUGUACCACCACAUAAGGAAAAGUCAAAAUUAGGGACAUUGUGGGCAGAUUGUUAGUGGAAUGGGGUAUGAGCGGAACUGGGGCCAGGUUCAGACAGUAUUUCAUUUACUCAUAUCCACACUUAUCUCCAUUUUGUCCAUACCUUGGAUAUCCAAGCUCGAUCCACAACAUCUCUUCUUAAUUAACAUUUCUGGUUGAAGAUGCGGAUAAGAAUGGAGGUAUUUUUAUUAUUUGUGUCUAGUUUUUCUGAGAUGUAAAUAUGAUUAUUGACAAGGAAUCCAUACAAAGGUUUAAAUGUAGCCUGAAUCCAACAAGCUGAGCCGGUUUUGGAAAUCAGUUGAGGUGUGUUGAAUCUUUUGAUUUUCUCAUUUUAAGUAACCUUUCUCUUGGUUUCCGGGUUAGUGGUCAUAGGGUUUGAAUGUUGCAUUCUUUAAUGAUAAAUAAAUAUAAUAAACACAAAAAAACUCCUUUAUUCAAUUGUUUAUUUUGAUUAAAACUGUAACAUUUGGAGAAUGAGAGUGAACCUGUAUUAUGGACUUCCUAAUUCCAAUUGAAUACAUAAAUAUCCUUAAAGGGAAACUAUAGUGCCAGGAAAACAGGUGGGUGAGAGCUGCAGCCCAAAUAUACUUUUAAGCAGCCAACCUUGUCUGGUACAAGUUAAGGUAAAAAAAGGUUGGCGCCUUUAAAUUUAUAUUACUGAUUUCCCUCCUGUUAGCUGCCUCACGCUGCGAUCCACAAUUCAGGGCAUGAGCCCUGAGUGCGAGUUUACCGCUACACAAGCAGCGGCCACUGCCCUGCACCUAGCACGCGCUGCUCCUAUUGAAAACUACUCGAUACUUACCCACCGGUUUCCACUCCAUCACACCCCAUGAGGCUGCUUCCCCUGUGUGCACCUGCCCAACAUUUGUGGCAGAAUUACUGCUGAGUUAACUGUGAGACAGUUCAGCCUACUCUUUGUUAGACGCACUGGGUUUAACCGGAGAUGAGUCUGCAUAGGCCCCACAUGUCCUGUAGUGUCUUUCUACAAUGCCUUACCCCAAGGAUAGGCAACCUUUGGCACUCCAGGUAUUGUGGACUUCAUCCCCCAUAAUGCUCUUACACCCAUAAUGCUGGCAAAGCAUCCUGGGAGACGUAGUCCAAAACAUCUGGAGUGCAAAAGUUGCCUAUGCCUGCCUUACCCUAUAAGAACAUUUCCCUAUAAGAAUCUUUGGUUAAUCUGUGUCAGCACUAGUUGUAAAAAAUUCCAUUGAUCUUUGUUCCCAGAGAGUCGCCUAUGUACAACAGGUAAUUAUACCGGAUUUCUGUGUGAUGACAGAAUCACCUGCCUAUUGCCAUCACAAGUCUGUGAUUCCAGCAAUGACUGCGGAACUGGAGAAGACGAAACUACAUCCUUAUGCAGUAAGUAAAACCUCUAUCACAGAAAUAAAUAUGAAUAAAAGAUUGAAUCCCCAUAAUACAAUGUUAUGUCAGAGUGUAUCCAUCCCUAUGUGUAUUUUCUAACUGUACGUCAUGCUGUGUGGUCUUUUAAUAUGUUGGGGAUUGAUAUAUGAUCCUUCAUGGUAUUGUAAUGAUCGAUGUUCUUAUUUCAUCUUGCACGAUAUUACAUAAUUUAUAACGUCUCGGUAUGGAGUAUGGGUUGUUAUGGAAAUUGUAUACUGAUCUGAUUUAGGUUUAUAGUAUGUGUGUGUCAUGGGAGAGAGAAUGCCAUACAAACGAGGAUGGGUUGCAGGAUGGGGGUGAGAAGAUACUGAGUUCUGUCAAAGACAUUCCAAAACAACUCUAUGUCUACCUUCAUGGCCCAGCUAUUUUAAGGAAAGUUUAAUAAAUAAACUCUUCUUUGUCUUUGUGGAGACUGGUUUAUGCUAGUUUGGUUAAAGGGGAACUUGAAUAAACCAUUUAAAAAUCACAUAUAACUUGAGUGAUCUUUUAAAUUUCUAUUAAAUUGUUAGUAAAUUAAAUAAUAAAAUAGAGUAUAAAAGACAAAGUCAGGGCGAACAUUACAAAUAAAGAGGAUAAAUAGAAAAAAAAAAUUUAUUUUCUCUUUUCUCUGUAUGCUUUCUCUAUACUGACUGCCAGGGGCAAUCUGCCCUCUUAUAAUACAGUAAUGACUGACAGGGAGCUAAGAUGGAGGCGUCCAGGUGCAGAAUAACAUUUUGUGUAUUUAUACAUUCAAUUACAUUUUUUCACACCUUGCAAAAAAAAUAUUUGUUAAAUAUAGGGAUAAGUAAACUUAGUAUUAAAAAAUUCAUGGAGGUGACAGUUUCCUUCUAAAGCAGAGCUAUUAAUAAUAAUGGAACCACACACCUACAGUCACCCUGAAUUCUUAAUUCCAGAAACACAAUAAAAAACAUACACAACAACACACACACACAAAAAAAACACUGUGUGUUUCCAGAUGUAUUGUAACUUUUCUUUGGUUAAGAAUUAGAGUAUUUGGAUUUUUGGAGAUUGCCAUAUCAGUAUGCCAUCCUGCAUCCUAUUGUAAUCCUUUAUAUUCUGAUAUAUUGUGAAAUUGUAAUGCCAAAUCAGAUUGCAAGUAACACGAUCUACAUAUAAGCAGAGAUGUGCAUCAAGGACAGACAAUAUAAAGUUACAAAAAUAACAGAUAGGACGACUUCAUACUUUAUUUUGCAGAUAGAUUGGGCAGGGCUGCAAUUCAGCCAGUAAAAAAAAAAAAAACCAUAAAAAACUGCAGCCAAAAUUUAGUGGGUGAUCAAUAGGAAGUGUACUUUUGGUUUCCAACGUUACUAUUUGUUUUGGAAAACCUCCAGCCAAGCGCAGGUAACGUUCUCUUUGUUUUUACUAUGUAUUUUAAGCUGUUGGAUACUACAGUACAGUUUUAUUUGUUGGUUUCCUUUAGUUUGAUGCUGUUUUUCUCACACCCAGUUUGUACUGUGUGUCCCCAGGUAACCUCCCGGAUAGCCUGCCUGGAUAUCUAAUCUUUCGCUGUGGAAACCCAUCAGUCUGGAUCUACAGCAAUUACAAGUGCAAUGAGAUCAAUAAUUGUGGGGACUGCUCGGAUGAAUCGAUGACAUGUGAGUGUCUGGGUGGGUUAAGUGUUGGUAAAGGAGAGUGCUCAAAAAAGUGGACCCGCACACUGGUCAGUAGAGAGAGCAGGACGAACAAAUUGUGACCUUAGGCGGCUGUUAACCUGCCUAAGGCCCUGUGAGAUCUUAAUCCUUCUCUGUCAUUAGAUUCUUCCUGAGAGCCUCAGAAUAACAGUAAAUGGCACAGAUUAACAUUACAUGUUUAGAGCUGUGCUGUUCAACUCAUCCAGUCAUGAGGGAUAUAUUUCCUGUUUUUCCUCAUACAGGAGCAUCACAUAUUUUUGUAAUUCUCUCCCCCCUUCCCAUUAAAGGAUUACUCUAACCCUUUUGAGGGAGUGGGACCUCUUCUGUGUAAAAGGCCCCAUUGGACAAUAGGGAAAAUCCCCCCCUCUCGUGAUUUGCUUUAUGACUUACAAAAUAAAGAUUUUAACUUACCUUGAAUCCAAAGCCAGGCGAAGCUCCCAGCACAAACUUUCACGUCCCCUUUGACGUCACAGGGGCCGCGUGCAGUUUAAUCACAGGCAUCUCAAGAAUUAUUUAACAAACAAUGUGCAACAGAGGGAGGUGGAGGGAGCGCAAUAAGGGUGGAAGGGGAUAACAAUUUUUCACUUGCAGGUGAAUUUGCCUGCUGGGCUUCAUGACGACAGACAUAUUUGAUGCACAUAGGAAUGGAACUGCCCCUGAGAAGCAGUACGACUUGAAGCGAGGUCACCUGCAAAGCAGCAGAGAAAGGGUGCACCUAUUGUGACAGACCACCUGGUCACCCUCGACUGGUACAUGUCUCCCAACCGCCACCUUCCUCCAAAAAGGACUAUAUCGCAAUCAUUUACCUCUCCAGCUCAUGCCUCCCAACCCAUCUCUGCCACCUCGGAGCACUCAUAGGCCAGCUGGGGAGCUGUUGAGGCAUGGUACGCCUGAUCAGGAGCUACCCACAAACCUUCUAGAACUCCUGAUCGGAUCGUGGCUGGGUAAAACCUUGACGAGGGUGCUCUUGGUCCUAGAACUACCAUUCAGGGCACUUUUUGGAGGUGUGACAGAGGAGGAGAACCUGAGAAAGCACCAUUAGUUAAGGUGACUGUGACUUCUACCCAGCGGUGUGGAACUGAGCUGGAUCGGAGGAUGGUCAACUUCCAUCUAAUUCGGGCUAGAUACCUCCGAUUCGAGUGCUUCUAGGACAUAUUAGAAGCUUCUCGAGGAUGGCACUAUUGUCGGGAUGUUGGCACGGGGGGAACCCUAAGUUUUACCUGUUUCUCUUAAACCAGUGCCAAGGUGUCCUGCUGCUAAUUAAAUGAUCAGGUCAGGUACAGACACAAAGGUGCUGCGUAUGUCGCAUUUCUAUUGCUUUCCUUGGGGACCUCCUGUUGAGGCCCCAGGUAUAAAAGUGUGACUGUUUGACAAUAAUAGCAGUUCUUCUUCACACUUUACUAAGUCUUAACUAGUGUUUGGGUGAGACAGCUACAAACAAAAUGGCAAGGAGCUUUGGGUACUUGUGGGUAUAGCCCCACACCUAUGAAUUAAUGAAGUGGUGGUAGAGUUGUUGAAAGAUUUGUAGGUAAGAGUCAAAGGGACACUGUAGUAUUAGGAAUACAAUACUGUGGUCUGGAUGGCUAUAGUCCCUUUAUAUAUUGCAUUUGUAUUUGUAAUUGUUUUCUUGGUGUUACUGAAUUAAUAGCAGAGCUUUACCUUACAUAAUAAAUAUGUUUAGAAACCAGUUUGUGUAAAUAAGAUACAUAGUUUUUGUUAUAAAUUAGAUUUAUAUGCAUAAUUUUAAAUUUCUCAGAACCAUACUUACCCUGGCCACACAUUAACUUAAACUUCUAAAAGUAAAGCGUCCUUCUUUGUCUCCUUGAAUGAAACCGUAUUUUAUAAUAAAUACUCCCCCCAGUCUUAAGUAAGGAAUAUGUAUAUGAUACUUUUCUUUUCUACCCCACAGUUGCCUCCUGCCCUUCAUGUGGCUCUGACUGGUGGACGUGCACUCCUGUUCUCUACCAAUAUUGCAACUGCAUCCCACGGAGCCUGUGUAAGAAUGGCGUCCAGGACUGUACAAACUGGUCUGACGAGUAUGUGUGCUCCUAAUGACAUGAAUAAUGUGUAUUUAUCAUGCACAGUAUAAAUUAAAAUUGAUGAUUUGCAUGUUUAUUGCAAAUUAUUAGGGCAUCCCUCAUGGCAGUUCUCUGCCACCUGCUCCAAGCAAACCCCUAAUAAAAUCUGCUCUGGCAGUUGCCCCAAGAUCAAUGCACUUUAAUUUUUUUAAUUAUUAUUAUUUUUUUUUAAGUGGGAGGGGGACCUUUGUGGUGUAAUAUGCUCUACUGGGAAUUGUGGAGAAGUGCCCCCUCUCAAUUAAUAGUAAAACCUGCAAAUAAAAGGUUUACUCAUCUGGAUUCCAGCGCUAGUCGAAGCUCUCGGCGCUAAUCUUCCGAACCCCUUCCAAUUUCACUUGGGCUGUGAAUGGUUCAAUCAUAGGCUUCUUAUAGAAAAACCUGUCAUUGGACUAUUUAGCAGGCUCAGAGCACAUGCGUGUGCGUGUUCCAGUCAAGGGAGUGGGGAGGGAGGUUUUUCUUUUUUAAGAACAAAACAACCCAACAAUUGUUCAACAAUGGGAGGGAGAGCCCAGAGGGAGGGAAAGGAGAGCGAGCUGGGAAAAUAUUUUAAUGUCUGUUGGCACCGUGCAGUGCGCGCUGCCAAAAGAUGUAAUUUAUGCACAGAAUUGACAUUAGACAGCCCAGAACUCCAAUGUCACGUGUACUGGGGAAUGCAACUAGCCCACAGUAAACAAUUACAAAUAUCUACAGAUUGUGCAGUGUUUCAAGCUGAAAUAUUACACAUACUGACUCCUACCACCAUGAAACUGAAGUGGUCAUGGUGGUUGGAGUAACAGUUUAUAUAACGAUUAAAGACAAUGGAAUCUAUGGGGGAGGAAAUGAGUCACUGUCUGAAGUUUAGGGUAAAUUAAAACACUCAUCGUGGAAGUUACCAUCUAUUUUUUAACCCCUUAAGGACACAACUUCUGGAAUAAAAGGGAAUCAUGACUGAAUAUUUCCGUCAUGUGUCCUUAAGGGGUUAAAUAAUUAUACAAGAGACAUUUCAUCUAUUAAAAAAAAAAAUGUAGGGGGGCGUGGCCACGCGACGAGCCAGGACGGACGUGUAAGCCGCAAGCUCCCGCACACGAGGCUCUACUCAGCGACUAAAACGGCGAAAUAAACUAAAGUCACGAGCUCCCCUGGGUGUACAAAGAACAUGGCACACCGGCUACUAAAAAACCCAAACAAAAAACGGCAGACCUGCUGAUAUCGGCACUUACAGCGCCGAGACAAAAAAUCCAAGAUGGCGCCGAUAACCCGUCCUCGCCGGCUUCCUGCUCGGACGGCAGUGACAACACAUCUGUCUCCACACAUGCCUCUGCACCAGCCACAGAUUCUUCCAUACACAGAAUGCUAGAAGAACUCAAAAACUCCAUGCAUAUGGAAUUCACAAAACUGGCAAGAGACAUUAAAGCUGACAUACAUGCCAUAGGUGAGCGUACUGCCCAUCUGGAAGAUAAAACAGAUGAGAUCAUAAGUGCCCAUAACACACUGGCUGAUGCAUAUAC